GAGGAUGGUGGCUCUACUAUAAGGAACAAUAACUAUGAGUAUGUGUACUGAGUACUGAAUUUUAGCUUAAUUUAGGGGGAAAAAAUCUUUGUUGCUUUAAAUGGGCAUCUUUUAUUCUGGCUGCUGUCCUAUUCAUGGAACUACUGAGGAGAAAGAUUGCAUAUUAAGUGUUGCCUCCAUCAGUGAGACAGCAGUGGCUCAUGAGCUGCAGGACAGCAGAUCUGGACCUGAGAAGGAGGAGAGGGCCUGGAGCAGCACUCAGUCCUCCAUCUCCACUACUGAGGAGGAAUCAGAUGUUGAAUUACACGCAUUCAUCAGGAUGAGGAACAAAGUGGAAAAAGACACUGAGGAAUGGGAGAAACUGAAUUAUGAUAUCCACACUCUGAGGUGUGCUCGUAAAGAAGUUUGUACACGUUGGAAGAAGAUCUUGCUUCAGCUGGGUUACCAGAGGGAGGCAGAUUCCUUACUGACAGUAAACAGACAGACCGUUAUGAAUGAUUGGGACAAUGUGGAGAAGGCCAGAGAACUCCUGCGCAUAGUGUCGGAGGAGACAGGCCUCUUCCUCCGUGGACUCAGCAACAGUGAAAGAUAUGUCUUUGUUAUGGAUCGACUGGUGUCUUUGGACAGUGCUGAAGACUUUGUGCGGUUGGCCAAAGAGAAAUAUCCAAGAAUUGAGUCUUGAGAUGGAAAGAAACUUCAAAGUUUGGAUUCGUUUGCUCUCUUUGAUGCUUCUUCUGCAGCUUUUUUUAUCAGUAAAUUCAUUGUUGUUUGGCAUCGCGGGAGUGGCACUAUUAUGAAAGGAAGUUAAAUUAGCAUAAUGGAGUGAUAACUUAUGAGUGCAAUAAUUCCAAACGAAUGUCCAGUAAAAUAAAAUUUUAAUCUC